AGAUUAUUUCCCUUUGAUAAGAAAACGCCAUUUGUACUGAAAGAAAACAAGAAUGUAAACCUCGGUUUCAUUUGCCAUUGAACACUGUUUAAACAAAUAUUUAGUUUACCUUGUAUAAUAAUUGAAGAUAUAACGGCCUGAAACAGUAUCAGGAACAUCGAAUUUCAUAUAAAAAGGUGUUUUGAACGAACAGGUAAUGUGGAUUCAUAAAGUUUGUGUAUGAAGAGUUAGAGAGUUUAAGACUAAUAAAAAAGUAUGGAUCUAGGCCACUCCCAAGGUAAUACAUAUGACAAAUUUAAACAACAAAAAUUGAUGGACCCAGGUCAACAGAAUGAUUAUGAAACAAAACGACAGAAGGAAAGGGAGAAAAGUUUGCCAGACAGUGAUUCUGAUAUUUCUGAACAGCAGUCAAACAUAGGAAACAUGACAAAUACUUUUUUAGAAUCAGCAAGGGAAACUGAAUAUGUUCAAAAUCUGACAGAUUCUAUGCAAAACCUAUUCCCAAGAAAUUUUCAAAGUUUGACUGGUACAGCUUUUCGUGACAAUGGUAGCCCCCAAAAGUCUCAAAACUCCAGAAGAAGUCUUUCAGCACCAAGGACAAGUGGUCCUGUGUUGUGUGCACAAAAUGAAUUGGUUCAGGAGGAUAGUUCACCCACAAGAUCCAAUGAUAGUGCAUGUAAGAAUGGUAGAAACCAAAAAUCUGAAUCUGACAGUGUAAAUUUUCCUUCUAAUAGUGAUAGUUUUGAGAACAUUCGAAGACCAACAUUCAGAAGAAAUUUGCUUGGCCAAGGACAAAGUGAAGAUUCACUUACACCAGGUUCACAAAGAUUUUCACUGCAUGAUCAAUACAAAUAUGUUCAGACGCCUACAUCGGGAAGAGUUCUACAUAGACAAGAACAGUGUGAUGAUACACUUGGACCUGGUUCCCAUAAUUUUUUAUCUCCACAUGAACAAUGGAGAGAUAGCAAGUCACCUGGUUCCUGGUCUUAUAAUAAUUGUGGUAUUGGUGAAAGUAUGCAGUCUCAUCAAGAGCAAAAAGUUCCAUUUCCAGGAACCAAAAAAGAGAAAAAGGAGAAGAAGUCUAUAACAACAAAAACAUUUGCUCAUGGCAUGAUGGACGUGUCAUUGUUGACCAGCAAUGCCACACAGUUACGAGCAGUCCUGUCAAAUCCGAGUUAUGAAUUUUACACAUUGUUAUUAUGGCUGAUUGGGCUUUCCAUAGUUUUACAACUACUUUCUGCCGUGUUGUUGAUUAGCUCAGACUUUCUUAAAACUCAGGUGAAAGAAAAGGAUCGUAAAAAUCAGGGAAAAAGAAAGUUUCUAAAUUUUCUGUCAUUGACAUUAGUCACAAUUGUGAUGUCAUUGAAUGUUCUGAUCUCAGCAUUUUCAUCACCAACAACAUUCCAGCAGCAUGUGCCCUCAGGUGAGGUUCGUCGUGACAUUCCAGCUUUCUCAUCGCCAGAUAUUCAAACUGCUCGCUCAGAACUGUAGAAUUUAUAUGGACAAAAAUUAUUUAUGUAAACUUUGAUAUACUAGCAUUUAUAUGUUAGUUAAGCUAUUAUAUUUGAUUUCUGGUUGUAACUAUUUUGAUAUGUUGUGGGUUUAACUUAAACCUUCUUAAAACCAAACCAUAUCAUUCUAGCAGAUAUUUAUUUUUUAUAUUAUUUACAUGACUGUACUCAUUUUGAAUCAAAAUUUUAUAUAUAUAUUUAUGAAAUGUCUUAUAUUUUUAGCUCACCUGUCACAAAGUGACAGGGUGAGCUUUUGUGAUCGCUUUUCAUCCGUCGUCCGUCCGUAAACUUUUACUUUAAAUGACAUAUCCUCAUUAACCGCUGAGCCAAUUUCAUUCAAACUUCACAGGAAUGUUCCUUUGGUGGUCACCUUUAAAAAUUGUUCAAAGAAUUUAAUUCCAUGCAGAACUCUGGUUGCCAUGGCAACCGAAAGAAAAAACUUUAAAUAUCUUCUUUUAAAAAAUCGAAAGAGCUAGAGCUUAGAUAUUUGACAUGAAACAUCUUCUAGUGAGUGUCUACCAAGUUUGUUCAAAUAAAAGCCCUGGGGUCAAAAUUGGCCCCGCCCCGGGGUCAUUGAUUUGCCUUAUAUGUGUAUAGCAAAAACUUAAAAAUCUUCUUUGAAAAAACCCCAAAUAGCUAGAGUUUAGAUAUUAAGCAUGAAACAUCUUCUGGUAAGUGUCUACAAAGUUUGUUCAAAUAAAAUCCCUGGGGUCAAAACUGGCCAUGCCCCAGGGGUGUCAUUGUUUUUAACUAUAUGUGUAUAUUAAAAACUUAAAAAAUCUUCUUUUAAAAAACCCAAUGAGCUAGAGCUUAGAAGUUUAGCAUGAAACAUCUUCUUAUGGGUGUCUACCAAGUUUGUUCAAAUAAAAGCCCUUGGGUACAAAUUGGCCCUGCCGGGGGAAGAGGGUGGGGGCGGGCAGAGGUCAUUGUUUUUCAUUAUAUGUGUGUAGUAAAAACUUAACAUCAAGAAACAUCUUCUAAUGGGUGUCUUAAGUUUGUUCAAAUAAAAGCCCUGGGGUUUAAACUGGCCCUGCUCCAGGGGCCUAUAUACAGGUGAGCGACCUCAGGGCCAUCAUGGCCCUCUUGUUAAGGUUGUUAUUCUUAAUGCAUAUCAGUAAAAUAUAUUUUAUCUUGGACAUAUUAUGAUACUGCACAUUUGUAAUUUCGCUUUUCAUUUAAUAAUCAUGACGUUUAUAUUAUUAGUUAUGAAGAUUUUUGACAGGUUAUAUGGCCAUAUAUAAAUGGCUGUUUGGAAAUAUAACCUGAGCCGUCAGGCGAGGCUUAUAUUGCAAACAACUGAUUACAGAUGGUCAUAUAACCUGUCAGGAAUAUUUAUAACAAAAUUAUAAUACCACAAACAUCUUCUUUUUUUUUGAGAAAAAAGUGAGAUUUCCUAGAAUAAUGACAGCAGAUGUGUAUAUAAAAAUUAUAUCAACAUUACGAUUAUCCAAUGAAAAGUGAUGUUACAAAUGUGCAGUUUUAUAAAGUUUUAUGUACAAUGUACAUGGCUGCUGUCAAUUUAUGUAGAAAUCUCACUUUUUUUCCUCUAAAAAAGGAUACUUGCUAAACACUAUUGUUAAAUGAUCAUUUCUGUCAAUUAGGGACCACCAUGAGAUUGCUUAUAUAGUCGGAACUUGCUUGUCCUGUUUUAUUCUGUUCAAGAUUCAGUUGAUUAAUUCAAAAGGUGACAAAAUUUUCAAGCCUGGAACAGAGUUUGGCUGUAUGAAAUGUAACACAGUAUAAUAUAAAAAUUUCUUAUGUCAGUGACUUGUUAUGUCCCUUAAAUAUUGAAUUCCUACUGACUUUUGUCAUUUUCUAUGAACUUUUUACAUAGU